CGCAUAAAUUUAUUGCACGAUUUUUCAAACAGCCAACAUUUUGUUCACAUUGUAAGGAAUUUCUUUGGGGACUUAAUAAGCAGGGCUUCCAGUGUCAAAUAUGCACACUUGUAGUACAUAAAAGAUGCCAUCAGUUUGUCAAUUUUCAAUGUCCUGGCGCUGACAAAGGUGUUGAUACUGAUGAUCCACGACAGCAACAUAAAUGGAAAGUGCACUCAUAUUCAUCGCCAACCUUUUGUGAUCAUUGUGGAUCGUUGCUUUAUGGUAUUAUUCAUCAGGGUAAAAAAUGUGAAUCUUGCGAUGCAAAUGUGCAUCAUAAAUGCGUUAAAUAUGUACCCAAUAUGUGCGGAACGGAUUAUAUCGAAAGACGCGGUAGAAUACAUCUUUCAGUACGAGUUGAAAAUGAUCUUCUGAAAGUUGAAGGUUCUGAUUAG